AUCUCGCGAGAGGCAGAUUUUCGAAUGCUGAGGUUUUCUCCUUCUGUAACUGAAUAAGUGCUGCGAAGACAGAAUGGCAGUAAAAGCAAUGAACUUUGCAGCUCUGGGGAGCACCCCACAUGCUUGCUUUGCCUCUAACGCACCAAAACCCACCAAGGGUAGGGUUUUCGCCGUCAGAUUCUCUGCCACUCGCUCAUCUGAUGGCGCCGCAAUUGGUCUCGCGGAGAGGCCGUGGAAGGUGGCGGAUGCUAGGCUUGUUCUUGAAGACGGUUCUGUUUGGAGGGCUAAAUCAUUUGGUGCUUCAGGAACCCAAGUUGGUGAAGUGGUUUUCAAUACAUCCUUGACGGGGUAUCAGGAAAUUCUAACAGACCCUAGCUAUGCUGGUCAGUUUGUCCUGAUGACAAAUCCACAUAUUGGCAAUACAGGGGUAAACUUUGAUGAUGAGGAAUCAAGGCAGUGCUUCCUUGCUGGUCUGGUGAUCAGAAGCCUAAGCAUAACGACUUCAAAUUGGAGAUGCACAGAAACACUUGAUGAUUAUUUAGCAGAAAGGAAUAUAAUGGGAAUUUAUGAUGUCGACACACGAGCAAUUACUCGCAGAUUGAGACAAGAUGGAAGUCUUAUUGGUGUAUUGAGCACUGAAAAAUCAAAAACAGAUGAAGAACUUUUGGAAAUGUCACGUUCAUGGGACAUUGUUGGUGUUGAUUUAAUAAGUGGUGUUUCAUGUGAUGCCCCUUAUGAGUGGGUUGACAAAACAAGGCCAGCAUGGGACUUUAACAAUGAUGGAAGGGAUGGAGAAGCUUACCAUGCUGUUGCAUAUGAUUUUGGGAUCAAGCACAAUAUACUGAGGCGUUUGGCAUCUUAUGGUUGCAAAAUCACUGUUGUACCAUCAACAUGGCCAGCAUCUGAAACUCUAAAAAUGAAGCCUGAUGGAGUUCUUUUCAGCAAUGGCCCAGGGGAUCCAUCUGCAGUUCCUUAUGCAGUUGAAACAGUCAGGGAAAUUAUAGGAAAGGUUCCUGUUUUUGGAAUUUGCAUGGGACAUCAGUUGCUAGGCCAGGCAUUAGGAGGUAAAACCUUCAAAAUGAAGUUCGGUCACCAUGGAGGGAAUCAUCCAGUCCGCAACCUUCAAAAUGGUUGCGUUGAGAUUAGUGCUCAGAAUCACAACUAUGCAGUUGAUCCAGCCUCACUCCCCAAGGGUGUGGAAGUGACUCACGUCAAUCUUAAUGAUGGUAGCUGUGCUGGUCUUGCUUAUCCUGCACUGAACAUUAUGUCUCUUCAAUACCAUCCUGAAGCAUCCCCAGGGCCUCAUGACUCUGAUUGCAGUAAGAAGAAUUUUCCUUACUAAACCUCUGCAAAUAUCAAGUGUAUAGUCAAAGUUUUCAAUUCAUUUAUUGAAAUUGCCUGUCUUAAGCUUUUAGAGAAUUCGUACAGCUUAUGAAGUCUGUCAAGCAAAAGGCUUGAGCGAAUAUUUGAUGGGUUGUAUCUGAAACCUGGAAGUUGAUGGGGAUAAUUAUGAUGUUUCACUUGAGAGUUGCUCUGCCACUCUGGCUGUGGACAAAAUAAAAGAGUGCUUUAUGUCUCACCAUUUUGCCUGGAUUACUUUAAAGAUUGUCCUUGUGAGGAGGACGAUUACCAUUUAUUGCAUUUGUAUUUGUCUAAUAAAAAUAGUUGGUAUGGUUUUAGCAUAUGAAGUAACGCUUGUACCGAAUACUGGUUAUGUAGUUUUAUGCAUUUUGAAGUAAUAGGCAAUGGCAGUCACCUUAUACAUCUAUAGGAGUGUUUCUUUA